GAAUUCUUUACCCUUUCCCGGCGAUUCAUAUGCCGCGCCUUUGCGGAGCAGCAAAGAUCAGGGAGGGGAUCCGUCCAUGGAAUGGAUGAUCAACACGCUUUAGGCCGGGCACGGGUCAAUUAACUAAGUGGCAUGCGCGUCACGUUCUCGCCUCCCUCCCCUCCCAUCCCAUGAUUAGGAUGAUGCUUAGGGCGAGGUACUAGUACAAGUAGAGGGAGGACUGCUUGGGGUGGUAGGCAGCUGGAGACUGCGGAAUUGUUGGCGGCCGGGCUCCCGUGUCCGAGAGGAACCCCUUUUUCUCCUGGCAUUAUCCGCUGAGAAGUCUGAGAUAAUUGGAGGUCGCUACUAGAUUGAUUGAUUGGGUUGAUCGAUAAGGGCAGGUAAAGCUCUUUGAUCCGUCCCUUGGGUCUCUCCCAAAGUGCGGUAUAUAUCCGUCCGUCAAGCUUCAAGCCGGCCGGCCUUGAGUUGCUAGCUAACUCUGCGAGGGUGGUUUGGUCCGGUCAGGUGUGCGUGCGUGCGUGCUCGCCGGCGAUGGGUUCUUGCGUGUCGACCACGAGGCGGCGGCGGAGGUCCUCCAGGAAGCUGUCGGCCACGGCGACCAAGUUCCGCCGCAAGGUGUCCGCCGCGAUCGCCGGCGACGCGGCCGGCCGCUUCGCCGCGCGCCACGGGGUCGUCCGCGUCGACGGCGCGCCGCCGGCCUCGGGCGUCACGCUCCACCUCACGCAGCUGCAGUGGCAGCACAGCCAGAUGGACGCAGGGAAUGUGAUCUGCGACGAGGCGUGGUACGACUCCGUCAGCAUGCUGGGAGACUCGGCCGGCUCCGACGACGACGACAACGAUUACUCCAGCGUCAGUGGAGAUCCUCUCCCGGAGGACGCCGCCGGCGGCACGAGCGCGUCGCCGUGCAAGGACGCGGCGUGCCUGGCGGACGCCGUGCAGCGCCUCCGGAGCAUCGCGGACGCGGAGGCGUGCCAGGGCGACCCCCCGGGGAAAAGCGAGGACCCCGACGCUGCUCCUGCUCCUGGUCAUGCCGCUGCCGGUGGCCUGAAAGAACCGCAGAGCGCGGCGUCCUGCUCGCCUCGGCCUCUCCCGGGCUCCGUCCCGAGCCACAAGGUGCAGCCGAUGCCGGUCGCCGGGUUCAGCCCGCACCACCAGAGGAAGAAAUCGGCCGUCGUCAGGCUCUCCUUCCGGAGGAGGUCGUACGAGGGCGAUGAGAUGACCGAAAUGACUGGCUCGGCCAAGUACCUGUACCGGCCGAGAGCGGGCCUGACGCUGCCGUGUGCGGCCGGCGAGAAGCCGUCGGAGGGCUGCUGGUCGGUCCUCGAGCCGUCGGUGUUCAGGGUCAGAGGGGAGGGUUUCUUCAGAGACAAGAGGAAAUCCCCAGCCCCAAACUGCUCCCCCUACACCCCGAUCGGAGCUGACAUGUUUGCCUGCCCAAGGAAGGUGCACCACAUCGCGCAGCACAUCGCGCUCCCGUCGCUCAAGCCCCACGACUCCUUCCCUUCGCUCCUCAUUGUCAACAUUCAGUUGCCUACCUACCCUACUACCAUGUUCGGCGAGAACGACGGCGAUGGGGUUAGCCUGGUCCUGUAUUUCAAGAUAUCCGAUAGCUUCGACAAGGAGAUCUCUCCUCAGCUCAAGGACAGCAUCAAGAGUGUUAUGAACGAGGAAAUGGAGAAGGUCAAGGGGUUCCCGGUGGACAGCAACGUGCCCUACACAGAGAGGCUGAAAAUCCUGGCCGGCAUUGUAAACCCUGAAGACCUGCAGCUCAGCGCGGCCGAGAGGAGGCUUGUGCAGACCUACAACCAGAAGCCCGUGCUGUCUAGGCCCCAGCACAAAUUCUACAAGGGCUCGAACUACUUCGAGAUCGACAUCGACGUGCACCGGUUCAGCUACAUAUCACGGAAGGGCCUCGAGACCUUCCGAGAGCGGCUGAAACAUGGUGUCAUCGAUCUUGGGCUGACCAUUCAGGCACAGAAGGCUGAGGAGCUACCUGAGCAUGUGUUGUGCUGCAUGAGGCUGAACAAGUUGGAUUUUGCGGACAACGGGCAAAUACCGACGCUCAUAACCUCCAGCGAUGAAUGAAGCUGGAAAAUGUACUGACUUUGAGAGUGAGAGAGACAAGCUGUAUAUAGCGGGAGAUAGAGGUAGGAACUAACGCAAAUUUGUUGGGUAACGGUGUAUUGAUCGUGCAAAUAAUCUUGUGCACCGAAUUGCAAUUGGAGCAGUUCUGCUGUCUAAAGUUGUUCAGAUGUUCGAAUA